CCGGUGUCUGGUCUCUUCCCCCAGGGAGAGGAGGAGGAAGAGGCCGAGCUCGUGGAUCCUUUAACCACAAUAAGGGAGCACUGUGAGCAGACGGAGAAGUGCGUGAAGGCCCGGGAGAAGCUAGAGCUCUGUGAUGCGCGAGUGUCCUCAAGGUCCCACACACAGGAGGACUGUACGGAAGAGCUGUUUGACUUUCUGCAUGCCAGGGACCACUGUGUGGCUCACAAACUCUUUAAGAGUCUGAAGUAAAUAUUGGAGCAAGACUCACCACCUGCCUCUCUUGUUCAGCUGGAACUUGGUGCAGUUUCUUUUUGGAUUCCAAGUGCUGCUUGCUGCCCAUUGUUGUGAAUGUACAGUAUACAAGAACAGCUUCCUAGCUGUGCUGCAAUGAUCCAAGUGCCAACGGGUCACAGCAUCAGUGUUCUGUGAAAAAAUGCGCAGCUGUAAACAACUCCAUCUACUGUUUCUGUGGAUUUUUUUCCUCCAUAUUAAACAUAUUCAAAGUUCCUGUGGAAA